AUGGGUAUAUGUACUUCCAAGCCGCCGUCGAAGCCGAGUCCGUACGCUUCGAGGGACCUAGAUGAGCGGCGGGUUGAUCCGUCUCAAACUCCCAAAUCGGCUUCCACUCCUUACCGGAAAGAUGAUCUCGUCGCCGGGAAACAGUCGCCAUUCUUUCCAUUUUACAGCCCUAGUCCUGCGCACUUUUUUUCGAAGAAGAAGAGUCAAAACUCGCCGUUGCCGGGCGGUGGAACUGAGAGUGCUAGCUCUACUCCUGGGAGAUUCUUCCGGCGGUCGUUUGCUCCUCCUUCUCCGGCGAAGCAUAUUAGGGCUGUGCUAGCGCGACGGCUUGGGAAGAAGGCGGGUUCCACGGCGGCGAUUCCAGAGGAAGGCGACGAGGAAGGUGAGAUCGAGUUGGAUAAGAGAUUUGGGUUCUCGAAAGAGCUCACGAGUCGAUUGGAGAUUGGCGAAGAGGUGGGUAGAGGGCAUUUUGGAUAUACUUGUUCUGCCAAGUUCAAGAAAGGAGAGCAUAAGGGUCAACAGGUCGCUGUUAAAGUUAUUCCUAAAGCUAAGAUGACAACAGCUAUUGCAAUUGAGGAUGUGAGAAGGGAAGUAAAAAUAUUGCGAGCCUUGACGGGACGCACUAAUCUAGUACAGUUUUAUGAUGCAUUUGAAGACCAUGAUAAUGUCUACAUUGUAAUGGAGUUGUGCGAAGGGGGAGAGCUUCUAGAUAGAAUACUUUCAAGGGGUGGAAAGUACUCGGAGGAAGACGCAAAAGCGGUUAUGGUUCAAAUAUUGACCGUGGUUGCAUUUUGUCAUCUUCAGGGUGUUGUGCAUCGAGAUCUGAAACCCGAGAACUUCUUGUAUACAUCUAAAGACGAGAACGCCCAGUUAAAGGCUAUUGACUUUGGCCUAUCAGAUUUUGUCAAACCAGAUGAAAGACUUAAUGACAUAGUUGGAAGUGCAUACUAUGUGGCACCCGAAGUUCUUCAUAGAUCUUACGGUACAGAGGCCGAUGUGUGGAGUAUAGGCGUGAUUGCAUACAUUCUUCUAUGUGGUAGCCGUCCAUUUUGGGCCCGUACCGAGUCGGGAAUUUUCCGAGCAGUUUUGAAAGCUGAUCUAAGUUUCGAUGAAGGUCCAUGGCCUUCAUUAUCUUCUGAAGCGAAGGACUUCGUCAAACGCUUGCUAAACAAGGAUCCACGCAAACGAUUGACUGCUGCUCAAGCAUUAAGUCAUCCUUGGAUCCGGAAUCACAACGGUGCAAAGGUCCCUAUCGAUAUCUUAAUAUUCAAGCUCAUGAGAAUGUAUAUGCGGUCGUCGUCCUUACGUAAGGCUGCUUUACGGGCUGUAUCCAAGACAUUGACAGUAGACGAACUCACUUAUCUAAGGCAACAGUUCGAAUUGUUGGAGCCGAACAAAAAUGGCUUUAUAACUUUGGAGACGAUUAAGAUGGGUGUCACGAAACACGCAACUGAUGCGAUGAACGAGUCCCGUAUGCUUGAUUUUCUUGCGAAUUUAAAUACACUUCAAUACAGAGGAAUGGAUUUCGAAGAAUUCUGUUCUGCUGCAUUGAGCAUUCAUCAGCUAGAAGCACUCGACCGUUGGGAACAACAUGCUCGUUGUGCGUAUGAGAUUUUCGAGAAGAAUGGAAACCGAGCAAUUGUCAUAGAAGAACUAGCCUCUGAACUCGGUCUUGGACCGGCCAUCCCACUCCAUGUUGUUCUUCAAGAUUGGAUUAGACACACCGAUGGGAAGCUAAGCUUCCUUGGAUUUGUGAAGUUGUUGCACGGCGUGUCGAGCCGAACGGUAGCAAAGGUAUCGUGAGCCCCUCUUAGCCCAUCUCGAGGUCAUCUCAGUACACACAUGAGAGGUAUUGGUUGGAUCUAUCUCAAAGGGUCCUUGAAACACACCAGAAAGCAGCAAGUUUUGGAGCAGAUUUAUGAAGUUACUUGCUGAGGGCCAAUUCUUUUGGGAGCUGUUUGGACCAUUUCAAAAGCUCUAUGGACAAAUUCCCAAGAAUGUUAACUUGAAAUUCCACUAUAAAUGAAGAUGUAAUUUAUUAUUAUUUUUUCUUUUUUUCUUUUUUACCAAAUAGUGUGAUGAUAGCAUUGCCACUCAUGAAGAACUACUAAUACAUAACUUCCAAACAUUUAACCUUUU